GAAAUUUGGCACGGUUUUCGAAAGUCCGUGGAAAGAAAAAAAAAAAAAACUUGCCCUAGCUUCGACUUCCAACUACGAAGACAGACCUACUUCUUUCAACGGUUUUCACAGAUCUGGUGACCCACGCUCUGAAGUCAGAAUUAGCUAACUUUCAAAAACAUCUGGAAAAAUGAAGACAUGGUUAAAAAUUGUAUUUGGAGUUGCCACUUCUGCUGUGCUUGCUUUAUUGGUGAUGUGUAUUGUCUUACGUCCUUCAAGAGUUCACAACUCUGAAGAGAGUAGAACACGAGCACUCACACUGAAGGAUAUUUUAAAUGGGACAUUUUCUUAUAAAACAUUUUUUCCAUAUUGGAUUUCAGGACAAGAAUAUCUUCAUCAAUCUACAGAUAAUAAUGUAGUAUUUUAUAAUAUUGAAACAGGAGAAUCAUAUACCAUUUUGAGUAAUACCACCAUGAAAAGUGUGAAUGCUUCAAAUUAUGGUUUAUCACCUGAUCGGCAAUUUGCGUAUCUAGAAAGUGAUUAUUCAAAGCUUUGGAGAUACUCUUACACAGCAACAUAUCACAUCUACGACCUUACAAACGGGGAGUUUAUAAGAAGAAAUGAGCUUCCUCGUCCAAUUCAGUAUUUAUGCUGGUCGCCUGUUGGGAGUAAAUUAGCAUAUGUCUAUCAAAACAAUAUCUAUCUGAAGCAAAGACCAGAAGACCCACCUUUUCAAAUAACAUAUAAUGGAAAAGAAAAUAAAAUAUUUAAUGGAAUCCCAGACUGGGUUUAUGAAGAGGAAAUGCUUGCUACAAAAUAUGCUCUCUGGUGGUCUCCUAAUGGAAAAUUUUUGGCGUAUGCAGAAUUUAAUGACACAGAGAUACCAGUUAUUGCCUAUUCCUAUUAUGGUGAUGAACAAUAUCCUAGAACAAUAAAUAUUCCAUACCCAAAGGCUGGAGCUAAGAAUCCCGUUGUUCGGAUCUUUAUCAUUGAUGCCACUUACCCUGAGCAUGUAGGUCCCAGAGAAGUGCCAGUACCAGCAAUGAUAGCCUCAAGUGAUUAUUAUUUCAGUUGGCUCACAUGGGUUACUGAUGAUCGAAUAUGUUUGCAGUGGCUAAAAAGAAUCCAAAAUGUUUCAGUCUUGUCUACAUGUGAUUUCAGGGAAGACUGGCAGACAUGGAACUGUCCAAAGACUCAGGAGCAUAUAGAAGAAAGCAGAACUGGAUGGGCUGGUGGAUUCUUUGUUUCAACACCAGUGUUCAGCCAUGAUACCAUUUCAUACUACAAAAUAUUUAGCGACAAGGAUGGCUACAAACAUAUUCACUAUAUCAAAGACACUGUGGAAAAUGCUAUUCAAAUUACAAGUGGCAAGUGGGAGGCCAUAAAUAUAUUCAGAGUAACACAGGAUUCACUGUUUUAUUCUAGCAAUGAAUUUGAAGGCUAUCCUGGAAGAAGAAAUAUCUAUAGAAUUAGCAUUGGAAGCCAUUCUCCAAGCAAGAAGUGCAUUACUUGCCAUCUAAGGAAAAAAAGGUGCCAAUAUUACACAGCAAGUUUCAGCGACUAUGCCAAGUACUACGCACUCGUCUGCUAUGGCCCAGGCCUCCCCAUUUCCACCCUUCAUGAUGGCCGCACCGACCAAGAAAUUAAAAUCCUGGAAGACAACAAGGAAUUGGAAAAUGCUUUGAAAAAUAUUCAGCUGCCUAAAGAAGAAAUUAAGAAACUUAAAGUGGAUAAUAUUACAUUGUGGUACAAGAUGAUUCUUCCUCCUCAGUUUGACAAAUCAAAGAAGUAUCCCUUGCUAAUUCAAGUGUAUGGAGGUCCCUGCAGUCAGAGUGUAAGGUCUAUAUUCUCUAUUAGCUGGAUAUCUUAUCUUGCAAGUAAGGAAGGGAUAGUCAUUGCCUUGGUGGAUGGUCGAGGAACAGCUUUCCAAGGUGACAAACUCCUGUAUGCAGUGUAUCGAAAGCUGGGUGUUUAUGAAGUCGAGGACCAGAUCACAGCUGUAAGAAAAUUCAUAGAAAUGGGUUUCAUUGAUGAAAAAAGAAUAGCCAUAUGGGGCUGGCAUUACCAAAAAGUAUUUGAUUCCAUGGGUACCUCUUUGAGAAGUGGUCUUGAAGUCAACAGGGAGUGAAAUUGGAGUCUUAGAAAGGUAUUCUUGGCUGCAGAGUGAAGAAUGGCCUGAUGUUGGGAGAGGGAGUGGUUCAAAGGACUGGGAGGGAUGUAAUAUUGGCAACAAAUACCAAGGGCCUGAAUUUAGGAAGUGAAGAAAGGGGUAAAAAUAGGUCAUAGUUUUGUGUGUUCUUUUAUAAUGCAAUAAGCAGAGACCUAUGGGAAAUUGGAGAAGGGAAAGAGAAAGAUGUUGAGAAUGACCAUUUGGGUUUGUUUACCUCUUACUGUGUUCUGUAAGUAUCUGUUUCCACAAAGUAUUAGACACCUUGCUAAACGGAGAAAUACACUAAAGCUGACUACACAAUUUUUUCUUUGGCCAGUUGGUCAGUAAGUUACAAAUCUUCCAUUUCCCUCCAUUAUCCAGAUUAAGAAGGGGAGAGAAGGCAUUUUCAUUGUACCCUUUCAUUUUUCUGGCACACAAACUAAUAUCUAGUAGCCUGGUUUUUAGCUACUUAAUAGAUAUGUACUAUGUAUUCGGCCCUAUGCUUAGGAAGGGUCUGUUAUGACAGUGGUUCUGACCUGGGCAAUUUUGCCACGCAGGGACAUUUGGCAAUGUCUGGAGACAUUGUUGGUUGUCAGAACUGGGGGAGUACUAUAGCAUCUAGUGAGUAGAGGCCAGAGAUGCUGUCAAAUAUCCUACAAUGCACAAGACAGCAUCCAACAGAAGAGAAUUAUCCAGCCCCCAAUGUCAAUAGUGCCAAGGCUGAAAAGCCUUGAUUUAUAUGAAGAAAAGUUAAAAAGCAAUUAUUCUGACAAUUGAAGAGCAGCAGGGGUUUUGCUAAAUUAUUAGAAUAACAACCUCAUUUAUGGGCUUUGCUUUGUUAAUAUAGACCUAGCCAGGUGGUGUUGAAUAAGCAUUAGUUCGUGAUUUAAUCUUAGUUCCUUUCUCUUCCAGUGACUAAUUAUAAGCAAUUUGAAUUGCUAUGUGUGAUCAACGAUGUAAAAGUAGGACAAAUGCACCUUUAAUGAGACUAUAUUAGAUUCUGAACUUAAAACUUCCCAAAAAGGUUGCCCUAAUGUAGGGAUAUAGAGGAAGUGGCUUGUUGUCAGAUAUCCUGCAGUUGAGUCUCAGCUCCACCACUUACUCUAAAUUUAUUCUGAGCCUCAGUUUCCUCAUCAUGAAAUGCAACAAUAAUUUCCCCACCAAGUCACUGUGAGAGUUAGAUGAGUUAAUAGGAAAGUCAUAUAUUAAACAAAUAUUGA